UGCCUCUUUGUGUCUUGCGCUAUGAAUGCACUUGUAAGUUUAAUCUCCGCUAAGGAGGAGGAGGAGCAGGAGGAGCACCAGUGCAUGUGAGGUAUCUCAGUAGCUGACAGAUACAGUGCUCACAGGAGGAGACAAGAGAAGACAUCUUAUCCAUUGCAUCAGUUUGUUACUUUAUGUUUGAAGUCUGUUUUGUGUGCUGGCACUCCCAAGUGAUCUGAAGCACUGAGCUGAGAUUACAAAGAAACCAGCUAGUGUGUUUGGAUAUGCAGCGUAUUUGAUCGGGGUUGAAACGAGGACUUGAACACAGAGAAAAAAAACGCUGAACCUGAAAAAGGAAGGUAAGACCUUUCUAUGGACAGUUACUCUUACAUGAGACUAUAUGUGAGAUGGGAGCCAUGCAGGUGGUCUUGAGUAGCAGGCUACGUGAUAAUCGAGCUGUGAACUUCACGUGCCGGUCGGGGAAGCAAUGAAAUGAGAUUCACGGGCAUCGCUGAAGACCGCCUUAUAAGCUCUUUGCCAGUCUAGUUGAGAGAGUCAAGCUUUGGUUGGAUCAGCCCUCCUGAUAUUCUCCGGCUGAACCAAGCAGGAGUCCGGCACACUGCACAGUCCAGUAGGACCGAGGAACUUUUAAAUUCGCUCUCCGGAGGAUCUGGACCUGGCUGACUUCUCUUUGUUUCUUGGAGACGCUUGGCACUCUUUCAUUGAGUUUUCUCGGUGAUAACCGUGCAUCCUCUGAGACAGGAUGCAGGUGUCGUUUGUUUGCACAGACCACCGGUCCAUGAGCCGUAGCACAGAUGACAGGCUCAAUCGACAGAACGCUAACAGUCCGAACACUGGUACCCGAAGCAAGUUCAAAGCCGUGGCCAUGGUUGCCAGGAGCCUUGGGCAGCUUUCCGUCCAGAGCAUUCCUUCUUCGAGUGAACAGAGCAUAAGAACUGGCAUGAAGUAUAGAAACUUGGGGAAGUCGGGCCUGAGAGUCUCAUGUCUUGGAUUAGGAACAUGGGUGACGUUUGGAGGACAGAUCACAGAUGAGAUUGCAGAGCAGCUGAUGACUCUGGCGUACGAGAACGGGAUCAAUCUGUUCGACACGGCAGAGGUCUACGCUGCAGGAAAGGCGGAGAUGGUGCUGGGCAACAUCAUCAAGAAGAAAGGAUGGAGACGCUCCAGUUUAGUCAUAACAACCAAAAUAUUUUGGGGUGGAAAAGCAGAGACCGAGAGAGGACUGUCAAGAAAACACAUUAUAGAAGGUUUGAAGGCAUCAUUGGAGAGAUUGCAGUUGGAAUAUGUGGACGUGGUGUUUGCAAACAGACCAGACCCCAACACACCCAUGGAAGAGACGGUGCGGGCGAUGACCCAUGUGAUCAAUCAGGGAAUGGCAAUGUACUGGGGAACGUCACGCUGGAGUCCGAUGGAAAUCAUGGAAGCGUAUUCUGUGGCCCGACAGUUUAACCAGAUCCCACCCAUCUGCGAACAGUCAGAAUACCACAUGUUCCAGAGGGAGAAAGUGGAGGUGCAGCUUCCUGAGCUCUUCCAUAAGAUCGGUGUGGGUGCGAUGACAUGGUCCCCGCUGGCCUGUGGGAUAAUCUCAGGGAAAUACGACAGCGGGGUGCCGCCAUACUCUCGCGCCUCACUGAAGGGCUACCAGUGGUUGAAGGACAAGAUCUUGAGCGAGGAGGGCCGACGCCAGCAGGCGAAGCUGAAAGAGCUGCAGGCAAUCGCUGAGCGGCUGGGCUGCACGCUGCCACAGCUAGCCAUCGCGUGGUGCCUGAGAAAUGAAGGUGUGAGCUCUGUGCUCCUCGGAGCCUCCAGCACGGACCAGCUCAUGGAGAAUAUAGGAGCAAUACAGGUUCUUCCAAAGUUAUCCUCCUCCAUCGUGCACGAGGUGGACAGUAUCCUGGGCAACAAGCCCUACAGUAAAAAGGACUACCGCUCCUAGUGUGGAACCAGACGGGACCCACCUUUGCCUGAUCCUCCAUUCGCUUCAGCUUUUACUGAAUGAGUACCGGCCGUGUGAGACGGGCAAGCACCAACAAACCCUGGAGAGCAAUACUUUUAGAACACGAAGGGCAGGAAACACGUGAAAAAAUACACAAAA